GCAACGGCGUGGUCAUCAACGUUCCACAACUCUUCGAUGAGAUCAAGACUCACGAGGAGAAGGGACUCCAGACAUCGUCUCGGCUGCUAAUUUCAGACCGAUGUCAUAUAGUUUUUGAUUUCCACCAGGCCGUCGAUGGGCUCCAGGAAAUUGAAAAGGGGGCCAAAAGCCUUGGUACCACAAAAAAGGGCAUCGGUCCUACUUAUGCAUGCAAGGCUUCGAGGACAGGGCUGAGGAUGGCAGAUCUGGUUGGCGACUUUGCUGUAUUUGAACAGAGGCGCAUUUCUCUGCUCUAA